UACAGAUUAUCAUUUAGCAUCGCACACGGUUAAAUUCACAUUUUGAACUCUUGUAUAACUUCGGCGUUUUUAAAAUGUACUGCAAGUGUAUUUUAUUGUUUGUACUUUUCUGUAUUCAAAACGGCGAUGCUGUAAGCCAAAUGGAGAUGGUGGUCAAUUUUUUUGAAAACCAUAAUUCACAAGGUUUCAUGCCCUUAAAUACGUUUAAAAAGUUUGUACAAGACAACUAUGAUUUGACGAAUGAUUGCCAGAACAUGGUCAGGUCGAUUGAAGUCAAUUACAAGAAUGGUAUCAAUAAGGAAGUAUUUCUUUGGGCGAAUAGUAUAGUAGACAAAGACGUUAAAUGUCCAGAAGGUUUCGCUCCUGGUUCAAAGCAACUUGUAGAACUUAUCGAGAAGUCCAAAGCAAUGGAUAAAGAUUUUGAUGGAGAUUUUUUUGAUAGAAAUCGAGGAUAAUAGAUUAAUACAUAUUGUUUUAAUGAUUUUGUUGAAUUAUUUAUUCCUGAAUAUUUUUUGUUGUACCGUACGGUGUGUUUUAACAUUCCAAUUAUAUCUCUCCAUUAGUUUGUAACAGAAACAUUGUUAAAUAAUUGGGUAAAUAAAGAGUUCA